AGUACGUGCCACUGUGCCAGUGCCCAGUACUCAGUUGUUGUAGUACCACAACUACUGAAUUACGUCUGUACGUUUAUUGUAUAAUGUACACUGUGGUCUGUACACUGUGGUGAUUACGAUUUACGAUUACACGACUUACGUGCUUGGUCGACCGUUCGUGUAAAGACUAUAAAAGCUAUACAAACAUGAAUGAAAAAGGCAUUAUCAGUUUGAGUUUCAACCAAGAUCAUACUUUUUUUGCCUGCUGCACCGAAACUGGUGUUAGAAUUUACAAUGUUGAACCCCUGUCGCUGAGAGAGAGGUUUGAUUUAGGCGGUGUAUCGAAAUGCGAAAUGCUGAACUCAUCCAAUUUCAUCGCCAUAGUUUCUGGUGGAAAAUAUCCAAAAUAUUGUCAGAACACUGUACUAGUCUAUGAUGCUGUAUUGGAAAAAUUUGUGAUGGAAGUUAUUUGUGCUUCCAGUGUAAAAUCUGUGCUAAUGAGGAGAAACAAGAUGAUAGUUGUAACUAUGGAUAAAAUAUCUGUUUUUACUUUUCCUACGGUCAUUAAGCACAUAAUUAAUUUGGAAACCCGUCCAAACCCGAUGGGAUUGUGUGAAAUCACUCCCUUAGAAACGUCUACAAAACAAAUCAUUGCAUAUCCUGGGAAUAAAAUUGGAAGCGUUCAUAUUAUGGAUGUUUCAAAUUUGGAAGCAACAAGUUCUAGUGCCCCGGCAAUACUCAAUGCUCACCAGGGAGAGAUUUCUUGCUUGGCUAUAAAUCGACUCGGUACACUUGUAGCUAGUGCAAGUGCCAAAGGAACCUUAAUCAGAAUCUGGGAUACUUGUCAUAAAGUCAAAGUUGCUGAACUAAGACGUGGGUCAGAUACAGCAACAUUAUACUGCAUAAACUUCAGUCCAAAUUCAGAAUUUUUAUGCUGCUCAAGUGACAAGGGCACAAUUCAUAUAUUUGCAGUGAUAGAAUCUGAUUUAAAUCGUCGAUCUAGUCUAUCGCCGUUCAGUUUUUUCAGUUCCUAUUGUCAAUCACAGUGGGCUUUAGCCACUUUUACAGUGCCUCCAGAAGUCGGCUGUAUUUGCACUUUUUUGACUUUAGAUACUGUUGCUGCUAUCUGCCUUGAUGGUACUUAUCAUAAGUUUGCAUUUUCCAAAGAUGGUACUAGCAGACGCAAAUCGUACCAAAUAUAUUUACACAAUUGUGAAGAUGAUGAAUUUUAAAUUAAUUUUUUUAUCCAGACUUUCCAUAAUAUUUAUUUAUUGUAAGUUAGUCCAGAGUCCUGAAUAAUUUUAAUAUAAAUUUAAGUGACAAUCUUAUAAAAAUAAAGAUUAUACUAUAUUAUGAUAAACAUAUAA